AUGGACAAAAGUUCUCGGUGCUGCCAGGGGGCGGAGGGAGUCCGGUUUGGUGGUCUCAGGAUUCCAGCUCUGCUGUUUGCAGAUGAUGUGGCCGAGUGUGAAGUCAUGGUCCUCAGUCAGAAAAAGGUUGUUGUGACCUGCAAUGAAACAACAAUAACGGUGGAAAUAGCAAAGACCUACAACAUCAGACACAACGAGGACAAUCUGCGUCUUAAUGACUUCACUGAUCCUUCCUGCAGCCUGACAAGACUCUCAAAUGAAACUCACCUGGUGGCUGUUUUACCCCUGGGCACCUGUGGGACUCGUGUAGAGGAGGAUGCCGAUAACAUUUAYUUUAAGAAUGAUAUCACAUCUGCUGAUCCAAAUAAAGUUAUCACCCGGGCCCAUGAUGUUGAUUUCGCCAUCACCUGCUCRUAUCCAAAGAGAGCCAACCUGACUCUGGGCUUCUCGCACAAAAACCCGUACGCCUUCAGAGAGAAAGGCUUCGGUGCUUUCACCUUCCAGUUUGAAUUCUUUGAGAGCCAAAACUUCAGAAAACAAGUGGACCCCAGCAGCUACCCGGUGGAAGUUUACCUCAAGCAGAUGAUCUUCAUGCAGAUAGAGGCCACCAUGUCCAUCCCCAACACGGAGCUGUUCGUGGAGUCCUGCAGGGCCACUCCCUACGACAACCCCAACUCCCGUAUCAGAUACACCAUCAUUGAAAAUGGGUGUGUGAGGGACAAAACGGUACAAAUCUACCCCAGUUCCAAGUCUCAGUUCAGAUUUGGAAUGGAGACUUUCGAGUUCAUCGGCACUCAUGACGAGGUCUACAUUACCUGCUCCGUCAUGCUAUGUGAGACUGGUGUUGCUGGAACUCGGUGCUCUCAGGGCUGCAUCACAUCCAACUCAGGGCAUCGUCUCAGUAAGAGGGCAGCUUCAGCUCAGACCAACUCGCACUCCAUUUCCCAGGGGCCUUUGCACCUUGCUAGGACCUCUGACACCAAAGCAUCCGGGCCCGGCCUGAACCUGGGCCUGAACCUGGUCUUCAUUGUGGGCUGCCUCUUGGCAUGUGGAGUGAUCCUCUACAGAUCAAGAAGGAACAAAGCUAAAUAUGAACGCCUGCCGACCUCUGACACAGAAUAAAUUCCUGUUUGCUUCUUUUUAAAGGAAUUUUUAGGGUGUUUGUGAUUUUAAUGAUUCUCAUGUUCUGAAAAUACAAAGGUUGAGGUUAGUAAAAGAAUUAAAGUUCUUCUGUGGUUUGAAA